UUGAGGGCAACUUAUCCUUGUAAUCAGACAGCAUUCCUAAUCACACCAGCAAGUUUAGCAUUGAUGGCUUGUUUAUUUCUUGCAGUUCUGCACAAUCACCAGGCUUUAAUACAAAUCCCAAAAAAUAUUCCCAGUUAUCCAGGGACGUGACUUGAGAUUGUUUGCAGUAGAAAUGAUAUAAAUGAAUAACAUAAUGACAGCAUUCUGAGCAGUAGCUAAGAAGAAUUCAUUGCUAGACCUAUCAAUCUUGUUGACAUCUCUUUAAACGGUGUAGGGAUGGCCUCCUCCUAAAGCUUCAUCAGUCCAGCUCUGAGCGGGGACUCAAGCCCCUCUUUAUUCUGGUGUGUGAACCUAACAAUAUAGCUGCCUGUUAAUGGGAAGGCUGCUUGACACAGGAGCCAGCAGACAAAAGAAGGCGGAACUCUGUAGCUUAAAUUCAAAAGGCGACUCAGUUCUCCCUUAAAAGCAGCAGCACUUUGUGAGCAAAGAGUGUGCCUGGUAUGUUUCCUUGUACAUGGGGGAAAGCAGCGAGACAGGACUCGUAUCCUCAGGGGCAACUGAUCUGAGCUGGGAUGCUGCAUAAGGAUGGCGUGCUGUCCACCUGCCAGGGGAUUUAUGACAGCACAGCAGCAGUGGAUAAAUGCAUGGAACAGGACAGAUUAGCUGCUUGGGAAAAGCCUCUAAGCAGCAGAGCACAGCGAUAGCACAGCAGUGACUUUCAGGAGCAAAGGAUCAUUUGAAUGUCGGAUAUUCUUUCAAGAUGUGAUGCUGAGUGCAAACUUACCAUGAGAAUUCUCCCUCUCAAAUGGCUGAGGAUCAGGAUCUUAAGGAAGAACACUCUGCUCUUCCUGCUCUUCUGGCUCUCCUGCUGGAUUCUUCUCAACACUUUCCUGUUUGUACACAAGAGUGUCUUUUCUGAUCACUGCACUGAUGAGGAAAGUCAAAAGAUUCUCGCUAGACUGUGUUAUGACUACACAGAUGGAGCAGUUGCAGGGAACCUUUGUGAAGACAUUUGUGUAACCCACAAACUGGUGUAUAAGCAUUGCCUUUAUUACCAUAAAGGAAAGAAGGUCAUGCAAGCUGAAUGGCAAGGCAGCUCAAUAAUCUUAAAAUCCAAGAAUGACGCCCUGUCCAAAUCACAAAGUCCUGCCUUCCUAGAGGAAUCAGAAAUUCUGACACUUUCUGAUACAGAACUUCUUGUUAUGGUGGCUGUGGAAAUCAAAAAUGUCUUGGGUUUGGAUUUGCCAAAUAACACAAUGACGCCUGUUUGGAAUGAAAAGAGGACAAGUCGGCACUGGAAGGCUGAGCUGACCAGCAUGUGGUCCUUAUUUGAGCAAGAAGAAUAUCUACUGUUUAACUUGCUACAAGACUUUAGCAAACACGUCUUGCAGGUCAUUGGCACCUGCGGCCAAUUCUACGCUGUGGAAUUUCUUACUGCUGGCCAUUCAUGGAAACAAAACCUGUUUUCCUUAGAGGAAGUUGAUGGUCAGUGUAACAGUGGGCAAAAACGAAUGAGGGCACUCCUGGAAAUUGCUGUCAGUUUCCUAGACAUGGUCCAUCAAUUUGAAAAUGAGUUUUCUCACAGGCUGCACCUCUGUGAUGUCAAACCAGAAAACUUUGCAAUUAGAAGAGAUCUAACAGUGGUUGCUAUUGAUAUGGACAUGGCAUUCUUUGAACCUAAAAUGCGUAAUAUCCUGGAGCAAAACUGCACAUCUAAUCAAGACUGUAACUUUUUUGACUGCUUUUCAACAUGCGACUUAAAGACUUACAAAUGUGGAGCACAAAGAGAGAACAACAAUCUACAAGUUAUCUGUGACAAGAUAUUUCGUCAUUGGUUCACAAGAAGCAUUAUGGGAUCUACCAAUUCUUUUCCACUCCAAGCAGAGCUCCAUAAGGCCGUUCAGCAAUGUGCUAAAUCCACCAAUAAACAAACUCCUUUCUCUGAAUUAUACAGAUUGCUUAGAGCUAGCCAAGAACAGCUCCAAAAGAGGAGUACGUAACCACGGCAGCACCAUCACUGUUUCUUCUAUGUACCGUUUCUUUUAUUCUUUCCUUUGACAAAAUGACAGACACAAAUAUUGAUCCAAAAUAUUGUGAUAUGAUUAUAUUUAUAAACAAUCUUUAUUGGCUUUAUGGUGAGUCAGUUCUGUUUUGUCCUGAAACAAAUGGAAGGUGUGGUUCAAGGCCUUAUCAAGACCCAAUCUACUAAGAGAGUAGACAGGGAGAACAACAGAAAACUAAUAAGGAUGAUAUUUAAGGUGACAAAAUAUAUUUUCAUAUACAGUGAAACACUGGUGUAACUAUAAAGGAACCAGACCCGCAAUUGCAGGGGGCCCUGGGGGAAAGGGGGCCUGUGCAUGCUGGGUCCCUCCUAAGAUUUUUUUGUGGUGGAUCCGGCUCAGGGUAGUGCAUUGAAACCUCAAUUUUACAUACCCUGUAUUUUUUACACAUUUACACCAUUUUUUUCUGGUCCCUUGAAAAAUGUAUCUAUCUGUAACCUUAUUUAAGGAGAGGGUACAGUUUGACCUACAAGGGAAGUUUGGACUCCAAAUAACUGCUGUCUACAAAGUCCCUGCACAUUACAGCUGCUGUGUAAUAUCAAUGGUUUGAUGGAAAUUAAAGUCUUGUAAUAUAAUGUUGGCCCCACACACCACACUGUUUAAUUUUUUAUAAUGCCUGUAUUAAAUUAGCCAGGAAAUCAUUAUUAAAAUCAAAUAAAAUAUAAACAACAAUGUUUAAUCUUGUGCCUGAACACAUUUUAGCCAUUUCAAUUUAAUGUUGCUCAUGUGGGAAUAAACAUUUAACAGCAUUUAGGAAACCCAGCACUAUUGAAGGAGUAAUUUAUAAAUGCUGGGCAAAUUUGCACCUGGGUGGUAACUCAUGGCAACCAAUCAGAUGAUUGCUUUCAGCAUUCAACCUGCAGCUGGCUAAAACAUUUAAUCACUGAUUAGUUGCUAUGGGUUACUGCCCAGGUGCAAACUUGCCCCGUGUUUAUAAAUGAGCCCAAAUGUCUAUUCAAGUCUAAACUCUUCGUGCAAAUGUAAUUAUGACCAAGAAUGUGCAUAUCAAAAAAGUUGUAUUUAUACAGACGUACAUUAAAAUAAGCAGCAUCUAGAAAUAGCACACAUUACCUUACAUUACCUACAGUAUUUUUGUCUGUGCCCUUGUUAUAUCCAUCAUAUUUUAUGUUAUGUCCUGUUAUUAAAGAUAUUGAUGAGAUGAUGUAAUGUGCCUUAUAAUAAAAUGUAUAAUAAAAAUGUGCCUUGGGAUUGUAAGCUGAAAAGGUCCUUACAGUAA